AUGUCGUGCCCUGAGAAGUGCCAGCAGUGCCAGCCCUGCAACCCCUGCUGCCAGCCCUGCGGCCCGACCCCGCUGGCCAACAGCUGCAAUGAGUGCUGUGUCAGGCAGUGCCAGAGCUCCACCGUCGUCAUUGAGCCGCCGGCUGUGCUGGUGACCCUGCCCGGGCCCAUCCUCAGCUCCUUCCCACAGAACACCGUGGUGGGAUCCUCCACCUCUGCUGCCGUUGGCAGCAUCCUCAGCUGUGACGGAGUGCCCAUCAACUCCGGGGGCUUUGACCUCUCCUGCAUCACCAGCUGCUACCGUGGCAGAUGUCCCCCCUGCUAAAGCCCCUGCAAACCUCCUUGGCCAACAACCUGCAAGACCUCUCAUCAUGCUGCUGCACUGAAAACACAACGCUGGGACAUUGCAUUUAGACUUUAGGGCUCUUGUUUCCUUCUCCUCUCUUCUCUCUCUUCCCUUCCUUUCCU